UCCCUACAUUUUCAGUUCCCACCUUCUCCCACUCUGAUCUGAAAACCAAAGCAUGCACCAUUCACCAUUACUUUAAAUAUCCAAAUUUCUUCAAUUAUUAUUUAUACACUCCUUCCCUUCCCAUCUCUCUUCCUUUCCAAAAACAAUUCUCUCCCACCCCACAAGCAAAACCUCCUUUAGCUUUUUCACUUUUUCCAUGUUUUUCUUCUCUCUCUCUCUCUGUGACUCUGUGUGAGAGUGUGUGUGUGUUUUACUCUACCCUUUUUCAAUUUCUAGAUUUCUGUGCAAUUUGCAAAUGGGUUUCUCCCAAGAAACUUGCACUGAUUCCAGAGAAUUUUCAAAUGCUCAAAACACUCCACCACACUCUUCUUCUUCAUCUUCUAUAGCAUUUGUACCCAUUACAGGUCAUCACUCCAGUGACCUCAAGAAGCUCAAAUUUCGAAACUUUUUGAGAAAAAUGAUCUGGGAUUUCAGUUUCGCCUGCGUUUCCCACCCCUCCCGCCGCCGGGGAAGCUCCGACAGGAACCUUAUUCACCACGAAAACGACGGCGGCGACGGCGACAAGAAGAAGAUGAGUUUGGAGCACAACAAGGCUUGGUUGCUUGCGGAAUCUGGUGGCUGCGGUGGAGUGGAAUUGCCCAAUGCUGACCCUCAAUCGGUUCAUUCUUCUUUCAGGUUCAGCUUUUGUUCUCAGGUGGAGUUGGAGUCCCUGAACAUGAGUUCUUCCAAUGCUGCAACGGUUUUGAUGGUGAAUUUGGAUAAUGGGGUGAGUGAAUCUCGUGCUAGGGAGAUGAAAUGGAGGAGAAUUGAGUCGUUGGAGAAGAGCAUAUCACCUGUUGCUCACUCUUUGAUCAGGUUCAGCUAUGGUGAAAUUGUUUCUGCUACUAGGAAUUUUUCUAAAGGUAGAGUGUUGGGAAGAGGGGCAUUGAGCUGUGUUUUUAGGGGAAGAGUUGGGAUUUUGAGAACUGCUGUGGCUAUUAAACAGUUGGAUAAGGAAGACAAGGAAUCUGCCAAGGCUUUUUGUAGAGAAUUGAUGAUUGCUAGCUCACUUCAUAGCCCAAACGUGGUUCCCCUUGUGGGUUUUUGUAUUGACCCUGAGGAGGGUUUGUUUUUGGUUUACAAGUAUGUUUCAGGGGGGAGCUUGGAGCGUCACUUGCAUGGGAGGAGGAAGGGUAGUUCACCACUUCCGUGGUCUGUGAGGUACAAGGUUGCAAUUGGGAUUGCAGAAGCUGUGGCUUAUCUGCAUAGUGGAACUGAGAGAUGUGUUGUUCACAGGGACAUUAAGCCCUCAAACAUUCUGCUUUCUUCUAAGAAGACUCCCAAGCUAUGUGAUUUCGGAUUAGCUACAUGGACUUCAGCACCUUCGGUUCCUUUCCUAUGCAAAACUGUCAAAGGAACUUUUGGAUAUUUGGCUCCUGAAUAUUUCCAACAUGGGAAAGUAUCGGAUAAGACAGAUGUUUAUGCUUUUGGAGUGGUUUUAUUGGAACUAAUUACUGGCCGGAAGCCAAUUGAAGCAAGAAGGUCUGCAGGAGAGGAGAACUUGGUGUUAUGGGCUAAACCUUUUCUGCAGAAGGGGAAAGGAGCCAUUGAAGAGUUGCUUGAUCCUCAACUAAAGUGCAGUUUGAGAUUCUCAAAUCAAAUGGGUAGAAUGAUUGAAGCAGCAGCUGCCUGUGUCACAAAUGAAGAAUCCAGGAGACCCGGCAUACAUGAGAUUAUUGCAAUACUGAAAGGUGAAGAAGAACCUAUUUUCUGCAAAAGAAAGAAGUCCAGUUUUCUCGCGAAUGGCUGCGUGAUUGAUUGUUAUUCACAAUUACAACAAACAAACAAUGAGAUGAAAAGUCACUUGGCCUUGGCAAUGCUAGGAGUUUCUGAGUUUGAGGAUGACGAUUAUCUCUAUGAUCGUUAAAACAUUGUGAGAACCCUGAAAUGACUUUUUUAUUUUUUGACAUGAUUCUCACUAGAGUGCUAAAGAUUAGAUGCGAGGGAUUUGAAAUUGUAAAUAGAAAUAGAAGCUCAGGUGAAGAUUAUUUGUGUGUAGAUAUCUUCCCUUUACCAUUCCCUUUCUCAAAGGGUAAAGUGUUAUAGAUUUUCAUUCUUUGUUUGUGGUUCAUGUUCAAUUCAUGUUGGAGAAUUAUACCUUA